AUGCUUUUGAGGAAUGUCAAUGUCUCUUCCGGUCUUUGCAAUGGUACACUUCUAAUAGUUACAUACAUGGGAAAGAAAGUUAUUGGUGCUCAAGUUGUGACGGGAACUAAUAUCGGUGACAUUGUCUUUUUGCCAAGAAUGAGUCUAUUACCGUCUGAUGCUAAUGUUUCGAUCAAUUUUCGGCGGCGUCAAUUUCCUGUUUGUGUGUGCUUUGGCAUGACAAUUAACAAAAGUCAGGGUCAUACUUUGUCCCAUGUUGGUUUAUAUCUUCCGAGACAAGUUUUUACGCAUGGUCAAUUAUAUGUUGCAGUUUCCCGUGUUAAAAUUAGAGCUGGUUUGAAAAUUCUAAUCACUAAUGACAAUGAUGUGGGAAAAACAAACACGGUUAAUGUUGUUUAUCUAGAAGUCUUUCAAAGAAUUUAUAUUUGA